ACGCCCAUGUCAUGGAUGCAUUUGUCGACGAUGUAGUGUAGCGACUCAGCCGCCCAUCACGGGAGUGUGGCUGAAACACCACACACACAGGCACGGCAAAGCACAGAGACAUCUCUUCCUGUUUGUUUGCGCGCCUCGCUCUCUACGUGUGCGUGCGUUGUCCUCACCUGAGCUCAGGCGCCGCUUCGACGGUCUUUCUAUUCUUCUCGGAGGGCCGCUCGAGGUGCGGGCGGAAGUACUGCACGCCCUCCAGGCCGCUCACGUACGAGCAUUCCCUCGCCGCCACGUAGGCGGCCUUCCAGAUGGGCACCGGGUCGUACCUGUAGAGCGGCCCCAGCAGCUGCUUCAACGCCUGGGUGGCCUCCUGCGCGUGGUAGUGGGGAAUCCUACAGGCACCACACACACACAUAUAUAUGGUGGUGGAUGGAUCAUUUCAGUGUCUGUCUAGUCAUGGCGGUGUACUUGUGGUUGAUGUGGUGGAGGACGUGUGUGGUGCCGAUGUGGUGGUGGAGCUCGUCGACGAUCCAUGGGUAGGGCCGGUCGAUGGUCGAAAGGGCCCCACGCAGCCACGUGAACGACUCAGACCCGUAGUGGGGAACAUCUGCAGCAAGCCACACGCAGCCAAGGCAAGGCAAACCGGGUGGGUGGGCUCUGUCUGUCUAUUUGUCUGUCCAUUCCAUCUGUGGUGUCUGCCUGCGUGGGCGUGUCUGUCGUGUGGGUACCUUACCUGGGUGUGUGUGCUGCAGCCACGUGUAGAGCACCAGCCAGAAAUUCACCACCAGAUAGGGACCCACAUACCAACGAAGAGGCUCAACCCUACACAAUACAAACACACACACCACAUGAGACAGACGGAGAGAUGAGAUGCAUCCACAUCUAUCCAUUCAUGCCAUUUCCUUUGCCCGUCCCUCCCUCUUGACUCACCAUGAAGUGGCCAUCCCCCAGGCGACGAGCAUGGCCAGCACUGCGGCGCACCCACAGGCGCUGGCGUUGACCUUCCACUGGAACGAGGGGGGGUACACCUGCGACCCGCUGCCGACGAAGUGGUCCACCGGGCCGCCCUUCUUGCUCAGCGGCUCGCCCCGGUAGUUGACGCGGCCCCCCGUGGCGUUGUUGAAGAGGUACGCCGGCCAGCCGAACACCAGGUGGCCGAUGAGCUCCCAGAUGGCAAAGGCGUCCUCGCCCACAACGUGACUGGUCACGUGAAUGAAUGAAUGAGGCAAACACAGACACGCACAAACACAUGGGUGGGUGUGGGUGGGUGUGGUGUGGGUGAGUGGAUCAGGGAGGGAUUGGGUGGGCUGACGUACGCGGCCUGGAGUAGGAGCGACUUCUCCUCGAUCGUCGGCGGCACGUGGGUCUCGCCCCAGAUGAGGUGGUUGGUGUACUUGUGGUGCUUGGCGUGGGAGUACUGCCAGCUCCAGUAGGGCACCAGCAGCAGGGAGUGGACGAUGAACCCCACCGUGUCGUUGACGGCCGUCGACUCGCUGUACGCCCCGUGGCCGCACUCGUGGCCCACCACCCACGGCCCGGUCGCUAUCGUGCCCUGGAUGACGGCAUAGGUGGUCCAUGCGACGAUCUGCAGCAUGACACUGGAGCCGCACAGCCGUGGGACAACGAGGGAGGUGACGUAGGCAGUGACGGCGAGCAACACCAGGUCGCGCAGGAGAUGCAGCUGCCACACCCACACACACAGAGACACACGCAAUGGAAUGAUUGUUGAAGUGAGUGGCGAAUCGGUAGCUCUCCUCCCCUCCCUGCUUGCUUACCGUCGAGCGCAGUGCGGACCUCUGCUUGCAGUGUGGGGGGAUGGCGUCGUGGAUCUCCUUCAUCGUCGGCAGCUGCACCAACCACCCCCACCACACAAACAGCACGGCGAUAUGAGACCUCUUUCUGCCUGCGACGUGCUCUCACCUUGGCCACCUUUGAGAGCUCCUCCCUCCCAACCGCGGCAUCCAGCGGCGACGUCACGCAUUCCAUAGAUGACGCAAAACUGACAGAGCAGAGUCACACACACCAACAGUGCGGCAAGCAGCACGCACACACAGAUCUAUGCUGUCACUGCUGCACCUGCACUGUGUGAUCUCCCUCUCUCUGCCUGCCUCUCUGCCUCUCUGCCUGCCUGCCUCACUCACUUGGCCUUGCAGGUGCCGCUGGUGCGGAGAUGGGAUGUAGUCUCGGGAGACGACGGUGGCGACUGGGUUGAGGAGGGACCGCACAUCGCUGGCUGGAGGGCACAGGCAGAUGGAGCAAGGGAAGGGAAGCACAGAGAGGAAAGCAAAAACGGCGGACAGUGCCUCUCGCGAU